CCUCCCCCGGGGACCAAGUCGCGUCCUCAGCCUUCAUUCGCGUUUUGAGCCGUCCGUGCCUCCAUAGCUGCCUGUAGCCGCAGUUGCGGCGAAGCUGGAGUUACGAGCGCGAUGCCCGAGGGACCUGCGAACGGGACUGUGUCCGACUCCUGGGGCUGGUCGGUGCUGGGGCAGAUCGGAGGACCCCAUGGAGUAAGGAGCCCGUGCCGAAGCAGGGGAUCCGCCUGAGGCCCUGCACCUUUCGGGGAUCCCUCACCAUGAUGUCUGUGGAAGGCUCCACCAUAACCAGCCGGAUCAAGAACCUGCUCAGGUCUCCAUCCAUAAAACUGCGCAAGAGCAAGGCCGGUAACCGAAGGGAGGACAUCAGCACCAAGGUAACCUUGGAGAAGGUGCUGGGAAUAACAGUAUCUGGAGGCAGAGGACUGGCUUGUGACCCCCGGUCAGGUCUGGUUGCAUACCCAGCUGGAUGUGUAGUUGUUUUAUUUAAUCCCCGGAAGCACAAACAGCACCAUAUCCUCAACAGUUCCAGGAAAACUAUCACAACUCUGGCAUUUUCCCCAGAUGGCAAGUACGUGGUCACAGGAGAGAGUGGCCAUAUGCCUGCUGUUCGAGUGUGGGACGUAGUUGAACAUCAUCAAGUGGCAGAACUACAAGAGCAUAAGUAUGGCAUCGCCUGUGUGGCAUUUUCCCCCAGCGCCAAGUACAUCGUUUCUGUUGGCUAUCAGCAUGACAUGAUUGUCAGUGUUUGGCUCUGGAAGAAAAACGUCGUGGUAGCUUCCAACAAAGUGUCGAGCCGAGUAAUGGCUGUAUCCUUUUCUGAGGAUUGCAGCUAUUUCGUUACCGCUGGAAAUCGGCACAUCAAAUUCUGGUACCUGGACGAUAGUAAAACUUCCAAGGUAAACGCCACAGUGCCCCUGCUGGGCCGCUCAGGGCUGUUGGGGGAGCUUCGGAACAAUCUUUUUACUGAUGUGGCCUGUGGCCGAGGAAAGAAAGCAGAUAGCACUUUCUGCAUCACCUCUUCUGGACUGCUGUGUGAAUUUAGUGACCGGAGGCUAUUGGACAAAUGGGUGGAACUUCGGGAUACAGACAGCUUCACAACCACAGUGGCCCACUGCAUCUCAGUGAGCCAAGACUACAUCUUCUGUGGCUGUGCUGAUGGAACCGUGCGUGUCUUCAAUCCCUUGAAUCUUCAUUUCCUGACUACAUUGCCUAGACCCCAUGCCCUGGGGACUGACAUUGCCACCAUCACUGAGGCUAGCCGCCUUUUUGCCAGUCCAGCUGAUGCCAAGUACCCAGACACCAUCGCCCUGACCUUUGAUCCCACGAACCAGUGGCUGUCCUGUGUAUACAACGAUCAUAGCCUUUAUGUAUGGGAUGUAAGGGACCCCAAGAAAGUAGGCAAGGUGUAUUCAGCGCUCUACCAUUCUUCGUGUGUUUGGAGUGUGGAGGUAUAUCCUGAGGUAAAGGACAGUAACCAAGCCUGCCUGCCACCCAGCUCUUUCAUCACCUGCUCCUCAGACAAUACCAUUCGCCUGUGGAACACUGAGAGUGCCGGCGUGCACGGCUGUGCACUACACCGAAACAUCCUGAGUAAUGAUCUGAUCAAGAUAAUCUAUGUGGAUGGGAACACUCAGGCCUUGUUGGACACUGAGCUGCCAGGAAAUGGAGAUAAAACUGACGGGUCAUUGGUAGAUACUCGUGUGGGAAUCCGUUCUGUUUGCAUCAGCCCCAAUGGACAGCACUUGGCAUCGGGUGACCGGGUGGGCACACUGAGGGUACACGAGCUGCAGUCCCUGAGUGAGAUGCUGCGGGUUGAGGCCCAUGAUUCAGAGAUUCUAUGCCUGGAGUAUUCUAAGCCAGAUACAGGUCUAAAACUGCUUGCUUCAGCAAGCCGAGACCGUCUGAUCCACGUGCUGGAUGCUGAGCGAGAAUAUAGUUUGCAGCAAACAUUGGAUGAACAUUCCUCUUCCAUCACUUCAGUCAAGUUUGCUGCAAGUGAUGGACAGGUCCGCAUGAUAAGCUGUGGAGCAGACAAGAGCAUCUACUUCCGUACUGCACAGAAGUCUGGAGAUGGGGUGCAAUUUACACGGACACACCAUGUGGUGCGAAAGACAACUCUGUAUGAUAUGGAUGUGGAACCCAGCUGGAAGUAUACUGCCAUUGGCUGCCAAGACAGAAAUAUUAGGAUAUUUAAUAUAAGCAGUGGAAAGCAAAAGAAACUCUACAAAGGGUCCCAGGGUGAGGAUGGGACUCUCAUCAAGGUUCAGACAGAUCCCUCAGGCAUUUACAUUGCCACCAGCUGUUCAGACAAGAGCCUCUCCAUUUUUGAUUUCACCUCAGGAGAGUGUGUGGCUACCAUGUAUGGCCAUUCAGAAAUCGUCACUGGCAUGAAAUUCAGCAAUGAUUGCAAACAUCUCAUCUCUGUAUCAGGAGAUAGUUGUAUCUUUCUGUGGCGCUUGAGCUCUGAGAUGACUAUCAGUAUGCGGCAACGUUUGGCUGAGCUUCGGCAACUCCAGCGAGGGGGCAAGCCGCAGGGACUGUCACCCUCUCGAAGGGCCUCUGGGCUUAACAGUCGAGAUGCCCCUACAGCGCUUUCUGCAGUACCAGCCCUUUCCUCCGAGAGUGAAAAAGAUGGGGAAGAUGAGGGCACCGAGGAGGAAGAACUGCCAGCCCUGCCCAUUCUUGCCAAGGGCGCCAAGAAAGAGCCGCCAGCUUCAGCCCGAGGUCCAUCCUUGCCCAGAAGUCUGUCCCACUGGGAAAUGAGUCGGACUCAAGAGGGAGUAGAAUUCCUGGACCCAGUGCCUGCCAGCAGUCAAGGUCCCCGAAGGCGAGGACGAUGGGCCCAGCCAGGUGUAGAGCUAAGCGUCUGCUCCAUGUUGGAUCUUCGGCAGUUGGAGACAUUGUCCUCAGUACCUCGACCACCCAGCCAGGAUUCUUUGGCCCAGGAGUCAGUAGCUCAGGACCAGCCUGUCCUUGAGAAAAAUAGCCAACGAUCCACUGUGGAUGCCCAUUCCAGCCAAAAUGGCAGUGUUCCCAAGUCUCUGGUUUCUAAGUCCUGUGCCUGUUCCCAAGUUAUCCAGCUGAUUUCUCAGGAAGAGGAGGGGGUCUCUGCUCAAGAGCUGGAGCCAAUGAACAAUGAAGGUGGCAUUGUCUACCCAGAGCCAGACAGUUGCCCUCUCCUGGACUCCAGGUCUUGUCCUCUGGACGGGGAAUUCCAGGUACAGGCCCUUCCCCAUGGUCCACUGGGUAGCGUUUACCCAGUUAACAGAAGCACAGAGAAACACAGUCCUGAUAGUGCCUGCUCUGUGGAUUAUAGCAGCAGCCGUCUUUCCAGUCCAGACCAUCCGAAUGAAGACUCUGAGAGUACAGAGCCAUUGAGUGUGGAUGGAAUCUCCUCAGACCUUGAAGAACCAGCUGAGGGUGAAGAGGAAGAGGAAGAAGAGGAGGAUGGAGGAAGUGGCUCUGGUGGGCUACAGGGAGGCAGCCCCCAUACUCCUGACCAGGAACAGUUCCUCAGACGGCACUUUGAGACACUAGCCAAUGGGGCUGCUCCAGAUGGCCCAGGCCAGCCCCUGGAAAGGACAGAACCUCAAAGUAUAUCUUCCCGAUUCCUGUCCCGGGUGCAGACGCCUAGAAUCAGGGAGCCGCCCCUUUCUUUCUGGAGACCAGUAGCACAACAGAGACCCAUCAGGGUGUUUCAGGCCCCAAGUGAGAAGCCUCACAGUGGAGCCAUCUGCUUCCCUGGCAGCCCACCAGAGCCAGAGCCAGAGCCAGAGCCAGUGUGUAGUGUCUCUCACCCCCAGAAUAUGACCUCUAUGCUCCGACGGCGUCGCCUAAACCUGGAUGGCAGCUGGACACACAAGAGAACUAAAACUGCCCUCUCUGGCUCUGGCAGCAACCUUCAGAAAGCCCAGUCAGUGCAAAACCUAGGGCCACAAGUUACGUGUGUUUCUUCAGACGAGCCACCUCUGCUUGGCCCAGGACCACCACCAGAGAAUGACGUCGUCCAAGAAGGCCUGGGCCCUCAAACCCAGGGGGAUGUUUGCCCAGCUCGGCCCCGCUCCUACCUGAACUCCACCACCAGCUCCAUGGCCAAAAUGUCUCGUAGCUCCUCUGUGGGGGAGAACCUAGGCCAGGGGGAAUUGGCUGAAACUCAGGUCCCCAACCCCAUCAGGAUCACAUCCGUCAACAAGCUGGCCCUGCCGCGUCGGGCUCAUCUUGUGCUGGACAUUCCCAAGCCCCUGCCUGACAGGCCUAACGUAGCUUCUUUCUCUGCUGGGGCAAAGAGCCAGGCCCUCUGGGAAACGCAACAGCUUGGCUCCCCAGAGAGCCUGGGGAAGAAGUCUGUCACAGCAGUGGGGCAGGCCUGCCUGGGGGAGGGCAGCACUCUCACACCCCGGACAGAGAGCCAGGCCCAGCCUGGUCCCAAAAGCUCCUGUUCCCAAGAAUUACCGGCCAACUGCCUCCCCCGAAGUCCUGAGGACUUGCAGCCCCCAUCCCCAGAGGAGAUCCCCAACCCCAUGGAACCUCCCAGGCCUGGGGCUUCCCUGAGCCAGGACUCAGAACCAGUGAUGGUGGUGAGCAUGGAGAGGUGCCAGCAUGUUGUGGCAGAGCUUCGGAGCAGUGUACAUCAAGCCAUUCAGCUAUAUCGGCUGGUGGUCCGGACGAGUUCACCUUCAGCGGAGCAAAGCAGAAUCAUCCGAUAUCUAGAGGAUACUUUAUCUUCGGUGCAGCAAGAACUGGAGUCUCUGACUGGUGUGCCGACAGCCAGUCCCAGUGGGAGUCCAAAUGCUGUGGGAACCGAACAGACACAAGCACUAUUGGAGCAAUACUCUGAGCUUCUGCUCCAAGCUGUGGAAAGACGCAUGGAACGGAGGCUCUAAGCCCCAGAGGAUCUGGCCAAAAGGAAACGUUCUUCCUCUGUCCAUCAUUCUCCUCAUUUGAAAAAUGAGAAAAAAAACUUGACACCUAAGGGGAGUCCCAUGCCUGAUCCCAUUUUUUUCAACUCAGUGCUCCCCAGUCCUAUUAAUUUAUUUUCCCAACUUUUACCCCCAUCCUUGACUUCUGCUUUCAGAGUGCUUCUAGAUGCUUGUAUCUAGAGCAAAUCUGAAGACUGCCCAAAGUUUUCUUGGUGCUGCAGGAAGCUAUGGGGAUUUGGGAAGCAGCUCUUCCCACUGAGUUUGGGGAACAGGGUUGGGGCCUUAGCCCCUGCUUUCUUUGAAGCCAUUUGAAUCACUGCAGGGAUCAGCUUCUAGGCUGGAGCAAAUACAGGGUAUUCAGUGGGGGAAGGCACUUAGUGGGGUGGGGGCUGGGGAUGCCCCAACCAAUGGCAGGAAGUCUUGCCCUCUUCCUGCUUGCCCUGAAACUAGCUGGGGUUCUCCAAUGCAUGAGUAGAAAAUCCUAGUGUCUGCCAUGAUCAGCAAAGGUGUCCCUCUGAAGUUCAGAAAGACACAGUCUUCUGAACCUUAUUUAUGGCCCUGCUCACCCUUAGGGGACUAGAAAGGCUAGGUCAGGGACACACAUCCCCUUUAUUCAUCUGUUCCCUUCCAAAGUGGCUCCCUCCCAGGAAGUAUUCUUUUUCCACUCUUCCCUUCUAGCCAGAGUAUGUGCGGCCAGCUCUGUGAGGCAUUACUGCAGGUCAGAAAGGUCUCCAGACUGGAGAACCCCAGAGUUCUGGGCUCCUCCAUCAUCUUUUCCCCUCCAUUUUCCUUCUUUUCUUCGUUUUUCUUGAACUCUAGUCUGUAGAAGCCAAGCAAUUCUUUUUGCUAAGUCUGUGGGGCUGGGGAUUCCCAUUUGCCUUCGUUUGAAGGGCAGUUCUAAGGUGCUAGCCCUAUCCUAACUGAGCCCAUCCUCCUUCAAGGAUUUCAGAAGCAGACACAACAGGCUGUGUGAUCCCCCUCCUCAUUCCUUCACCUGUGGCUCUAACCCUUGCACUCCUUGGAUUGCCCCAUACACAGUUUUUUCAGUGAAGGAGACACGUGAAAGGGUGCCGGAUCAGAACUUGGCGUGAUGUAUUUGACAAAAUCAUUGUUGUGGCUCGAGCCACAGAUUGGCUUCCUUGAACCCCCCCAGGACAACAGGAGAUCUGACUUAAAGCCAUAUUGUCUGGAAAGCAGGCCUUCUUCAGAAUAGUGUUGUGUAGCAAUCAUACUGGGUCCUUAGCCUAUUGUGAUGUGGAGGGAACAGAGGCUUAGGUAGCUAUGAAUUUAGCCAGUGGCUGGCUCAGAGACGUUUGGGGAAGAAGAAGGGUGGAACAGGGAAGUGAUUUGGGGUAGAGAGGUUAUAAAUAGUAGUGUAGGGGACUGAGUUUUCAAGGGAACAGUUUUGAGUGGAGGGAGGGACAUUAGUAGAAGGACAGGCAUGUCAAAAGGAGAUCCCAGUAGUAAGGCCAUUUCCCGUGAGAGUUGUGGGUUCUGGACAUUUGUCUCUGGGUCCCAGAGUGCUGCUGGCUUCAUGAGGAGAUAAGCGCCUCCAUGGAGGGGAUGCUUCCUCUUGGCAGCGGGAGACCCCGCAGUUCUGCUCAACCGAAGCAGAAGGCUUGGCCCUCAUUUGAGGCUUGGCUAACUUUGAUUCCUUCCGGCACCUUUUCCCCACCACUCCUCUCCCCACGUUCCUGAACACUGACAUGGACAGGAGCCACCUGGAUAAAAAACCUUGUGGCAUGGGUGGGACAGCUCCAAGAGAGCCCAAAGCUGGGAAGGGUGGCCAUGAAGCAGAGUGGAGGAGGCCAUUCCAGAAAUCACUGCAAACCCAAACCCCAAGGGCUGAAGCCUUACCCCACCCCACCGCCACCCCCACCCCCAGCUGAGGCCAGCCUGGGUCCAAUGCUGCAGUUUCAUCCAGAUUGUGAACCUCCAGUUGCCUCUUUAGGCGGCCCUCUCUGGACUUCUCCAUGUUCAUUGGCGUGGCCCCGCUCCCGACAGGAGGGGCUCAUCGCUACCAAAGGGCUGUUGUCAGCAGCCCCAACUGCCCUGGGCCGGGCCCCUCCGCAUGCCCGAGGUCUGGCACUCCCCCUUAUCCGUUGCCAUUUUGGACACUCCUUAUUUAUAACUUUUAUACUCUGGUCCCCGGCCUCGCUCUGAUUUCCCUUCCCCGUGCUUGCCUGCGGGGCUGGGGUCCUUUUUAACGUUUCCGUUUGUAUAAGUGUCGAACCAGUCAAUAAAAUACGACCACUUUGGUACGGA